CCAUACUGCCCUAAAAAAUGCUGGCUGGAUAUGAACAUGCUGGCCCUAUUAACCUACAACAAAACUAAUGUUAAAUUCUAAAUUCCUUGAGAGGUUUUUCAUUUAUUCUAUCCUAUCAUCCAUCAUUCGAUCUUAUCCUAUAAACAGAGAUGGGAAAAGAGAAAGGAGCCACCUGAGAGAUGCUAUGGUGUGGUUCCAAAUAUUUGAAUUUAAGUUUAAAAAAGGCAUGGCCUACAUGUUAUAAUGAAUUAACACUUGCCAUGACAGUGGAUGAAUUGUGAAGCAAAACUUAGCCAUGUAGGCUACAUCUCACCACCCUCCCAUCCUCUAGGCAAUGGUGUGUGUGUGUGUGUGUGUGUGUGUGAGGGAGAGAGAGAGGGAGAGAGAGAGAGAGAGAGUGUGUGUGUGUCUCUGGGCUUCUGUGAUGUGUUUAGGUAUGAGGUCACAUAUACCCUAAGGGUUAGCAUAAGACUAGCCACAAUUUGAAUGGACAUUAACAGCAGGGCAUCCAUUAACAUGGCUAAUCAAUGGACCCAAUAUCUGCCUGUAUGUGUGUGUGUGUGUGUGUGUGUGAGAGAGAGAAAGAGAUUGCUGCUGCUCUUCUCUAAAUCAGUGACAACAGCCUCAAGUGAGAACUAAUCACCAGUACACAUUCAGAUCAAGAGGAGAAACAGAAGACUCCUUUGGCAUCAGAACAUGGGAGAGAGCAGGUUGCCAUUCUUUACCAGAACAUCAGUCUAAUGGAGCCUCGGAUGGUCGCGCAAUAUGAGAGGGUCAUCAUGAACUUCACCAGAGAGAUCAAACUCCAGAACACAGAGAUGGAGCACCUGGCUCUGGCUGUCAAAAGAGCUCAUGACCAGGCUGCAAUGCAACUGAGUGAAAUGGAGGAGGAGAUGGACCAGCGCAUCCAUGCAGCAGAGCGCAACACAAGUACUCAGGAGGUGAAGAGAGCAGAGGCUGCACUGAAUGAACUCAAGAACCAGUAUGAGGCACAGGUGUAUGAACUACAGCAGAAGAUUCUCAAGAUGCAGGUGGUUGAGGAUCAGAACAGGACCAGCAGUCUGAAAGAUGAGGCUUCAGCACUAAAGAAGAAAAACACUGAACUGACUUUGGAGAAUCAGCGGCUAAAGCAGGAGGUGCUGGAGUCUCACACCAACAUCGCCUUCCUGCAUAGUGAGCUGGACACCCUCAAGAGUGACUUAACUGACCACAGCAUCAACUCCGAGAGGGAUGAGGCUCUCAUGGAGUGUUUCGCAGAGGAAAGGGGAAACUUAGAGAGACAGAUCGAGAUGAUGCAGUCAGCUAACAGGAAACUGCAUGAUACAAAUGACACCCUUCGGUCUGCGCUGGAAAACAGUCUAAAGGAGAGCAACAAAACACAGCAGCAAACAGGCCUCUCUCCUGGUGGCACCACUGACCGACGCAAGAGCUUCUGUUCGCCGUAUGUCAACAGGUGCUGCCAGGUUCAAGGUCCAGAUGAGGCCUUUGACCCGCUGCAACUUAGCGACUACCUGUGCAGACCGAGUUGUGAUGUGCUGGCCCUGGCACUGUGUGACCCCAUGCGCAUGCGCAGGCGCAGCUGCGAGGUGGACAGCCUGGCCGAAAGCUGCCUGGACAGUGGCCGCUCCACUCUGCGCGGCUCCUACGGCUACGACUCCGAGCAGGAGGGAUACAAACAAAGCCAGCCGCUCGGCCACAACACGGACAGCCUCGCAGGAGACACGUCUGAUACAGAGACUACUGAUUUGAGAGAUGAGUCGGACAGUGAGUCUGUGCUGGACUGGAAGCCUCUGGAGGCAGAGAAGGUGAAGAAGGUGGAGAAGAAGACAGUGGCGGCCCCAGCACCUGGCAGGAAGUGUCUGUCAGCCAUCUUCUCCGAGCCUGAGAUAGAGCUGGACAGGAGUCAGCAGCCAACUGACCGAGCCUACAGGGUUGUACUAGCAGGAGACGCUGCUGUUGGCAAGUCCAGCUUCCUGCUGCGCCUGUGCAAGAAUGAGUUCAUCGAUAACACCAAAGCUACUCUGGGGGUGGAUUUCCAGAUGAAGACCUUGGUUGUAGAUGGUGAGCCAACAGUAUUGCAGCUAUGGGACACAGCUGGACAGGAGAGGUUUAGGAGCAUUGCUAAGUCAUACUUCAGAAGAGCGGAUGGUGUUCUCCUGCUGUAUGAUGUUACAUGUGAGAGGAGCUUUCUGAAUGUGCGGGAAUGGGUAGACAUGAUUGAGGAUGUGUCUCAGGAUGACAUUCCCAUCAUGCUUGUGGGGAAUAAAUGUGACCUGCGGCCAGAGGCAAUCCAGGAUGGCAUCACCUGCAUCCCCACCAGUUACGGAGAGAAGCUGGCCAUGACCUACAGUGCCCUGUUCUGUGAGACAAGUGCCAAGGAUGGUUCUAACAUCAUCGAGGCUGUUCUUCAUUUAGCAAGAGAGGUGACCAAACAUACACACCAGGAGAAGAAGAACAUCUCAAGUGUGACCACUCUCACUGGAAGCCACAACAAGAAGUCUAACUUUAACUGCUGUAUUUGACGAGUUCCUCCUGUACACACAGCAGCCCCCCCCCCCCCCCACUUGCUACCUGCUGAGCACUUUCCACCACCACACUGCCCUCAAAGCUGGACCAUUAUCAGCCUGGACCCUGUGCAUUAUGAGGAUGUGGCAGUAGCUUCUCAGAGAUGACAAACAGCCAAAGAAUAGAGUUUCUAAGUGGUCAUAUGUCAUUUAAGUGAUUAUUUAAGUCCAAAGUUCUUUUUUUUUCUAAAUUAUUAAUGUAGCCUAACAAACCUUGAGGUUUGUGGUAUAGCUAAUUGAUGUAUUGCUGACUAUGUUAGAGGACCUUCUCUCUCUAUGUCUGUGUGCAUGUUUUACACAGUCUGCUCUCUUUCUAGAUUUACAGGGGAAACAUAUCUAAUGUGUCUGUUUGAAAUGGUGUGAAAGUUCAAUGAAUAGAAGGUCAAGUUGAGAUGUGAUAACGUCAAAGCUGACUUAGACAUUUUCUAACUUCUAAACUUUGUCAUAUUUGAGAAGAGGUCGAAGGACAGCCUCUCAAUGGACCAUUGUUUCUAAUGCACUUUGCAUGUGUGGCUUAAUGAACAGCUGCCAGAGGAUUUUGAGAUUGGGAAGCAGCAUGUAAAAGGGCACUCCGUCUGCAAUAGAACUUUAUAAUUUAAUGAGAUCCCUCUGUUGGGGUCUUCAGAGUCACAAAUGGAAACCCUUCACUCAUGUUCAAAGAGCUACCAAAGUUAACAACAAUUCACAUGUUUUGUUGGAUUACAAUAUUGCUUGAAUAUCACAAUAUAGCCUAGCUCUGACACAAGUAAUGGUCCAAUGGAUUCCUGAGCACUAAAGAGGGAGUUUUCAUCUGAACAACAAUGAAUGUAUUUCUGUCAUCAGUUAAAGCGAUGGUUCGGAGUAAUUUCACUCUAGGGCACUUUGCACCAUGACCCCAAGCCAAACACCCUCCCAGUUUUCCCUUGGUCGAACCCUGGUCGAGUAGCACUGUC